AUGCAAUAUUCUGAUGAGAAUCCUUUUGAUGAAGAAGCAUUAAAAAAUUUAGUUACAGCUCAAAAUGAACAUGCCAGUAGAGAAGUACAAGCUAAUGUGCUGCUAAGGAAAAAAUCAAGAGAAAAAUGGAUUCAAGAAGGAGCUGCAAAUACUCAAUUCUUUCAUACCAAGAUGAAGAUAAGGCAAGCAACCAAUUUAAUUAGUGAGCUUGAAGAUAACAAUGGUAAUAUCAUAUCUGAUCCUUCUCUAAUUGCUGAUUCUUUGGUUCAACAUUUUCAACAAAAAAUUGAAUUUGAAGAGGUUAGUAUUUCAGAGAAAUUAUUGGAUGUCAUUCCUCCAUUAGUAAGUACUUCAGACCAAGAAAUGUUGGAUGCACUGCCAAGUUAUGAAGAAAUCAAAAGUAUCGUUUUUCAAAUGGAUCCAGAGAGUUCUUCUGGUCCUGACAGUUUUUCUGGUAUUUUCUAUAGAACCUGCUGGGAUAUCAUUUGCUCUGACUUAGUGGAAGCGAUUCAGUUUUGUUGGAAAAGAAGGUUCAUACCAAGAGGAAUGAAUUCUAAUUUCUUAGUUCUUCUUCCCAAAUGUCAAGGAGCUAAAAAGGCGAACCAAUUUAGACCAAUUGGGUUAAGCAAUGUUCUUUUCAAGAUUUUCACUAAAAUCAUUACAGUAAGAAUGAAUACUCUUAUGGCCAAAUUGAUAUCUCCUCAACAAGCAGCUUACAUCAAGGGUAGGAAUAUUCAUGAGGAAAUUUUGCUUGCCUCAGAAAUGGUAAAUGAAAUGAAGAAGAAAAGAAGGGGAGGUAAUGUAGCUUUCAAGCUUGAUAUCUCUCAAGCUUAUGAUUCUGUAAGAUGGAAGUUUCUUGUUUAA